AUGUGCAACCCACCGGUAUUCAAUGGCUUAGGGAAUCCAGUGGUGGCUGAAAACUGGAUACGCGCCAUGGAACGUAUCUUCAACUUCCUGCACUGCAAUGACCAGGAACGCUUGACUUGUAUGACCUUCCAACUGACAGGAUCAGCUGAUUUCUGGUGGGAGGCACGAAAGAAAAUUUUGACCCCGGAGCAACUGGCUCAGAUGACUUGGAAUGAAUUCAAGACUGGAAUGUAUGAUAAGUACAUCCCGAAGAGUUACCGUAAGGCCAAGGAAGUGGAAUUCUAUAAUUUGAAACAAGGACGGAUGUCCGUUACUGAGUAUGACAUAAUGUUCUGCGACAUGUCUCGCUAUGCGCCUGACCAAGUCGACACUGAUGAGAAGAUGGCUGAUAAGUUUUGUGCCGGUCUGAGGUACGAAAUAAGGAUGGCCUUGGCAAGCCUUGGAGGGUUAUCGUACCCCGAAUCACUGAGUCGAGCUUUGGAUAUUGAGGCAGCCAUGCCCAGAGAGAAGUCAACUAUACUUGUUGCCGCAGCACCACCUCAACAACAGCAAAACUUCCGAGAGAAAAGGAGGUGGGAUAAUUCACUAUGGGAAACCUUAAGUUAG